CGAAUUUGAUCCCUACUUCAACUAUCGCACAACCAAGUUCCUGUCCGAAGAUGGCUUCUAUAGUUUUCACAACUGGUUCGAUGAUCGUGUCUGGUACCCACUUGGACGCAUCACUGGGGGAACAAUUUAUCCGGGUUUGAUGGUGACGUCGGCCACGCUCUACAACGUCCUCCACUGGCUGAACUUCACUGUGGACAUAAGAAACGUGUGCGUGUUCCUCGCUCCGUUGUUUAGUUCGCUGACGACGAUCGUCACUUACCACUUGACUAAAGAGUUGUCGAAUCCCGGCGCGGGACUCGUGGCAGCGGCGAUGAUCUCCAUCGUACCGGGUUACAUUUCCCGCUCCGUCGCCGGGUCCUACGACAAUGAAGGAAUUGCAAUUUUUUGCAUGCUCUUUACUUACUAUACGUGGAUCAAGGCCGUGAAGACGGGAAGUCUCAGCUGGUCCGUGAUUUGCGCGCUUGCGUACUUUUACAUGGUGUCGUCGUGGGGAGGAUACGUGUUUCUCAUCAACCUAAUUCCUCUUCACGUGCUUGCCCUGAUGAUCUCGGGGAGGUUCUCCCAUCGGGUUUAUGUUGCGUACACGACGCUGUAUUGCACUGGCACAAUUUUGUCAAUGCAAAUCCCUUUCGUGGGAUUCCAGCCCGUGUUGACGUCGGAGCAUAUGGGGGCAUUGGGAGUUUUCGGACUCGUGCAACUGCACGCGUUGGUGGACUACGUGAAAACGAAGAUGUCCACUGAAGACUUCAAUGUAGUGUUCCAAUCUGUGAUCAGCACUGCUGUCGUGCUUCUUCUCGGCGUCGCGGCUGUUCUCACGUUCAGCGGGAAAAUUGCGCCGUGGACGGGACGGUUUUACUCCCUGUUGGAUCCGUCGUACGCCAAGAACAAUAUUCCAAUCAUUGCUAGUGUUUCUGAGCAUCAACCGACUGCCUGGUCCUCGUUUUACUUUGACCUCCAGCUGCUUGUGUUCCUGUUCCCGGCUGGGUUGUAUUUCUGCUUUGCGAACCUCUCGGAUGCCAACAUCUUCAUCAUUUUGUAUGGCAUGACGUCGGUUUAUUUUGCAGGUGUGAUGGUGCGUUUGAUGCUGGUUCUUGCCCCUGUGAUGUGCAUCCUGUCUGGGAUCGGCGCCUCGACCCUGCUCAGCAAAUACAUGAAGGGCCUGGAAGCGAGUAGUCCGCCUAGUGCUGGAGCCAGCGAGAAGAAGGCGAAAAAGAGUGACCCGCAGUCGUUUCUGAGGCACGAGAUUUCCUUGGCAUUUGUGGCCAUGAUGACGUUCAUGUUUGUCACCUACGCCCUGCAUUGUACUUGGGUGACGAGCGAAGCCUACUCGUCGCCGUCCAUUGUGCUCUCUGCGCGGGGCCACGACGGAUCGAGGAUCAUUUUUGACGACUUUAGGGAAGCUUAUAACUGGCUGAAGCAUAACACUCCGGAGGACGCGAAGGUGAUGUCGUGGUGGGAUUACGGCUAUCAGAUAACCGCAAUGGCGAACAGGACCAUCAUAGUUGAUAAUAACACGUGGAACAACACACAUAUUUCGAGGGUUGGACAGGCGAUGGCAUCUCCGGAGGAUAAGGCCUAUGAAAUCAUGCGGGAACUGGACGUGGAUUACGUGCUGGUCAUUUUCGGCGGGCUUACUGGUUACUCCUCCGACGAUAUAAAUAAGUUCCUUUGGAUGGUGAGGAUCGGCGGAAGCACUGAGACUGGCAAGCACAUAAAGGAGGCCGACUUUUACACGCCUCAGGGCGAGUUUCGAGUCGACAAGGAAGGAUCGCCGACGUUGCUCAACUGUCUGAUGUACAAAAUGUGUUAUUAUCGCUUUGGGUCUCUCUACACCGAAGGAGGAAAACCUCCUGGAUGGGACCGAGUUCGUGGCGCGGAAAUUGGCAACAAAGACUUCGAACUCGACGUGCUCGAAGAAGCCUAUACCACGGAACACUGGAUUGUGCGAAUCUUCAAAGUCAAG